GAAUUGUGUUACCUCUCUUUCCAUUGUGCAUUACAUACACUAAAUCUUUUAAAUACUAGACUAAGGCCUUAAUGUGAUACUUGUGAUGGAUGUUAGCAGUUGGAGUGCCACUGAAGUGGAAAUUUUUUUAACUUCCAAAGGGUUCAGUGAAAGUGUAAAUGAAGAAAGGUAAUGAAAUUGAUGGUGAGUCACAAAUUCUGCUGAAUGAUAGUGAUGAGGCUAGCUUUAAAUUCAAGAUUGGACCAGCUUCGAAGCACAAAGUAGUUAUUGAGACCCUACGUCAACAACAGAAAGGACUAACUAGCUGUGCUGCUGGCCAAAGUAAGGUAGCGGAUGCCAUCAUCGUAAACCAAGGAAGUGGGACGUCCCCAUAUCAUACACCCAAUUUAGAUGACAAUAAGGAGUCCAUCAACAUUAUCAGUCUGUUGAAGAAAACUGAGAGAGGAAGGAAAGUUGUCAAUAGUUAUAUUGAAAGAAACGAAGACUACAUAACUAAUGAAGAACGAAUUGAUAUUGUCAAAAGUGUGUGCCAGCACAUUGUACAAAAUGAUCCUUUGAAGUACUAUCGGUCUACGGAAACUAAACAACUUUAUGCUGCUUCAAUUGUGAAGUCUUUUCCGUGCCUUGCCACAAAGAAUCAAGAUGGUCAGGGGAAAGUUGAAAUAAGCCACGAUGUUUAUUUUCAUCCCCAAGCUGGGGAUUUCAUAGAGAAUCACUUAAAAGAAAUUCGCAGAAGAGAUGGAAGAAAAUCGCAGAAAAAGGAAACAGAACAACAAGGAAGCUUCAACUACUGAUGAAAGUAUUUCUAUUCCUAAAAAACAGAAGUACAAAAAGGGUGCCUUUCCAGUGUCUUUGGAACUUUUACCAGCAACUGAAGACAAUGACAUCAUGAUCAAGUCAAUGAUUGAUUGGACGAAAAACCACUCUUAUUUUGUUCAACAUUCGAGAAAAAUUUACGAAUAUAUUGAAACAACAUUCAUCUGUCGUCAAAAGCAGAGUAUUACCACAUUUAAGUCUGCGUCAUAUAUCAUGAAAGAAUAUCCAAGAUUCGUUGACGUGGAUGACGGUGCUCUAAUCAUAAAAGAUUUUCGUGCCAAGUCUCCACACAUUACAGAGGCAACAUUCAAAACAAGAUUUCUCGAGAGAUUUUCUUCUUCCCUGUUAAUUUUAGCACGAAGGAACGGAGAAGAAAUUCCAAAUUGUUCUGAUGUAUAGAUUGUCUGAAAUCUUUUAUUUUGACCCUUCGCUUGAUGCCUUCUGUUUAUGAAUUUUUUGGAACAGUUUGUAUUCAGUAUCUUUCCCAACAAAGGUAAGAUAAACACAAGCAACCAGGAAUUCGCAAACACACUUGAUGCCAUCACUGAAAACCGUCAAUCAACAACGAAGAAGUAAAACAAAUGAAGUGGUGCAACAUUUUUUUACAAUGGUUUUUGUAGACCUAGUAACAAUGUUAUUCGCCAUAUUUGUUUCAAUUCUGUGUUUUCUAAUACAGUGUUUUUAGUAGCUGCA